UAGUCGUCAUUCUUGAUGGAGUGCAGAUUGUUUUGUGGGUGGGAUCUGUCAAUUGGAAAAAUAGUCGGAUUUUCUGUGGAUUUGUGGGUUUUCCGGUCUAUUCGUUAAUCAGAGCAAUUGUUGCAUCGCGCGUUCCUUUCGAAGAAGACUCGGCAUUGAGCGCAAAUGAUGGCGCGGGCACUGAACCCCCUUCAGCAGAAGAUCGCCGAAAAACUCAUCAUUCUCAAUGACCGGGGCACGGGCAUCCUCACGCGAAUUUAUAACAUCAAGAAGGCAUGUGGCGACACAAAGUCGAAGCCGGGAUUCCUCUCCGAAAAGUCGUUGGAGUCAUCGAUAAAGUUCAUAGUGAAAAGAUUCCCGAACAUUGACAUAAAAUGUCUGCAGGCGAUAGUGAACAUCAAGGCGGAGAUAAUCAAGUCGCUCUCGCUCUACUAUUACACGUUCGUAGACUUGUUGGACUUUAAGGACAAUGUUUGCGAACUGCUGACCACGAUGGAUGCCUGCCAGAUUCAUCUAGACAUCACGCUUAAUUUCGAGUUGACGAAGAAUUACCUCGACUUGGUCGUGACGUACGUUUCGCUGAUGGUGCUGCUGUCGAGGGUGGAGGACCGCAAGGCAGUGCUGGGUCUGUUCAACGCCGCUUACGAAUUGCAAAACAAUCAGAGCGACCAGAGCUUCCCGCGACUAGGACAGAUGAUCAUCGACUACGACACGCCGAUUAAGAAGCUUUCCGAGGAGUUCAUUCCUCACCAGCGGCUCCUCUGCAGCGCACUCAAGUCGUUGGUGACUGUGUACCCGAACCGGAAUAUCAGCGCAGAGAAGUGGAGAGAAACGCAAAAGCUGAGCCUGAUUGGAAACCCCGCGAUGCUACUGAAAGCCUCUCGUACCGACACUCUGUCCUGUGAAUAUGUCUCUCUAGAGAUCAUGGACCGGUGGGUGAUCUUCGGGCUCCUUCUCAACCAUCAAAUGCUGGGCUCCGAGCACCCGGACGUGACGAAAAUGUGGCUUAGUGCGCUCGAGUCAAGUUGGGUCAUCCCUCUAUUCCGAGAUGAAGUUCUCCAGAUCCAUCAAUACAUUCAGAAUACAUUCGACGGCAUCAAGGGCUAUGGGAAGCGCAUAAACGAGGUCAAAGACGCGCAUAAUAUUGCUGUACAGCGGGCGGCACUUGUGCACAGGGAACGCCGGAAGUUCCUUCGUACGGCAUUGAAGGAGCUGGCGCUAAUUAUGACUGACCAACCAGGCUUGCUUGGCCCAAAAGCGCUACUAGUGUUCAUCGGGCUGUGUUUGGCAAGGGACGAGAUUCUCUGGCUGUUACGGCACAGCGACAAUCCGCCUCUAGUGAAAAGUAAGGGGAAGAGCACUGAGGACCUUGUGGACCGUCAGAUUCCAGAACUUCUCUUCCACAUGGAGGAACUGCGAGCUUUGGUUCGUAAAUAUAGUCAAGUCAUGCAACGCUACUACGUGCAGUAUCUAUCAGGCUACGACUCCAUCGACUUGACCGUCAAGAUGCAGAAUCUGCAGGUUUGCCCGGAGGAAGAGAGCACCAUCUUGUCGACCCUCUACAACACGGCGUCAAGCGUGAACGUGAAGCAAGUGGAGGAGAACGAGAUAUUCGACUUCCAAGCCUUCCGCCUCGACUGGUUCCGACUGCAAACGUACAUGAGUGUCGCGAAAUCGGCCGUCCGCAUCGUCGACAACCAGGACCUUGCGCACCUGCUCGACUCGAUGGUAUUUCAUAGUCGCAUCGUGGACAACUUGGACGAGAUGCUUGUCGAAACUUCCGACCUGUCGAUCUUCUGCUUCUACAGUAAAAUUUUCGAGGAUCAGUUCCAUAUGUGCCUGGAAUUUCCAGCGCAAAACAGAUACAUAAUUGCUUUCCCGCUUAUCUGUAGCCACUUCCAAAACUGCACCCACGAAAUGUGUCCCGAGGAAAGACACCAUAUCAGAGAGCGCUCCUUGUCCGUUGUGAACAUGUUCCUGGAGGAGAUGGCCAAGGAGGCAAAAAACAUCAUUACAACGAUCUGCGACGAACAGUGUACGAUGGCUGAUGCUUUGCUGCAGAAGCAUUGCGCGAAGAUCCUGUCAGCUGUGGCGUCCAGGAAAAAGAAAGACAAAGUAAAGAAACAGUUGGACGACGUCCGGAAGCCAGGGGAGGAGAGUUACCGGAAGACGCGUGAGGACCUCACCACGAUGGACAAACUGCACAUGGCGCUAACCGAACUCUGUUUUGCGAUCAACUACUGUCCCACAGUGAAUGUAUGGGAGUUCGCGUUUGCCCCACGCGAGUAUCUUUGCCAGCAUCUAGAGAACCGUUUCUCCCGGGCUUUGGUGGGAAUGGUGAUGUUCAAUCCCGAAACAAUGGAAAUAGCUAAGCCGUCAGAACUGCUAGCUUCCGUUAGGGCGUACAUGAAUGUGCUGCAGACCGUAGAAAACUAUGUCCACAUCGAUAUCACCAGAGUAUUCAACAAUUGCCUGCUCCAACAAACGCAAUCCUUGGACUCGCAUGGGGAGAAGACCAUUGCCGCGCAUUACAACACUUGGUAUUCGGACGCCCUACUCAGGCGGGUAAGUGCCGGCAACAUUGUUUUCUCUAUAAACCAGAAGUCGUUCGUCCACAUCACAGCGGAAGGUUGCGUUCCCUUCAACCCGCAGGAGUUUUCGGACUUGAACGAACUGCGUGCAUUGGCGGAACUCAUCGGACCUUACGGGAUUAAGUUGUUGAAUGAAACUCUAAUGUGGCACAUUGCGAACCAAGUACAGGAGUUGAAAAAGCUGGUUGGCCUGAAUAAGGACGUUUUGAUCACUUUACGCACAAGCUUCGACAAGCCCGAAGUUAUGAAGGAGCAGUUCAAAAAACUGCAACACGUUGACAAUGUGCUGCAGCGAAUGACGAUAAUUGGAGUGAUUCUGUCCUUCCGCCACUUAGUCCACGAGGCACUUGUCGAUGUCCUGGAUCAGCGAAUUCCAUUCCUAUUGAGCUCUGUAAGAGACUUCCAGGAGCAUCUCCCCGGCGGAGAUCAAAUAAAAUUGGCUUCGGAAAUGGCUUCCGCUGCCGGAUUACCGUGCAAAGUCGAUCCCACACUUGCCAGCAUCUUGAAGUCACAGAAGCCUGAGUUCGACGACGGCGAGCACUUAGUUGCCUGCCUCCUCAUGGUCUUUGUGGCCGUUUCCAUUCCAAAGUUGGCCCGCAAUGAUAGCUCGUUCUACCGCGCAUCGCUUGACGGCCACUCGAAUAACACACACUGCAUGGCCAUGGCCAUAAACAACAUCUUCGGGGCUCUGUUCACGAUAUGCGGGCAAAAUGACAUUGAGGACCGGAUGAAGGAGUUUUUAGCUUUAGCAAGUUCGUCUCUGUUGCGUCUGGGACAAGAGUCCGAUAAGGAGGCUACACGGAAUCGCGAGUCGAUUUAUCUUCUGCUGGAUCAGAUCGUUCAGCAAUCUCCGUUCUUGACGAUGGAUCUCCUGGAGUCGUGCUUCCCGUACGUUCUUAUACGGAACGCUUUCCACGCUGUCUACAAACAGGAGCAGGCCAUGUUCGGGUAGAUGGAAUAGGGCUUUGCAAGAUCUUUAGUUUAUUUAUACAUUCAUAUAUUGUACUUUUUUAGAAUCUUUAUUUCCAUAUUUUAACCGCAUCGAUUACAAAUAAAGUUCGUAUUAGGCAA